AUGGAGAUUGCGGGACCCGUGAUUGUCCGAGAGGUCUGGGCGCAUAACCUGGAGAAAGAGUUCGCUUUGAUACGUGUGGCCCUUCCCGGUUGCAGAAUAGCUGCUAUCGACACUGAGUUCCCAGGUCACAUCUUCAAGUCCCAGGUCGACGGCCACCUGAUUGCCCGCCUCCCUCCUGCGGAGACCUACGAGCUGAUGAAGUCGAACAUUGAUGCACUCGAGAUCAUUCAAGUCGGUCUCGCCCUCUCUGACUCCUGUGGCCGGCUCCCCCACUUCGGCACUCCGUUUUCCUAUGUGUGGCAGUUCAAUUUCCAGGAUUUUGACAUCGAGACCAAUGCAUAUAACGAGGAGUCGAUCAACCUGUUGAAAUCCCAGGGCAUCGAUUUCUCAAAGAACAGGGAGAUGGGUAUCUCGUCCCACGACUUCGUGAGGCAGCUAUUCCUCUCUGGCCUCAUCUGUGGUGGCCGUCCCAUUAGUUGGAAACGCUUCUUUGGGUUCUGCAUUUACGACGUGAAGCACAUGAUCAAAUCUUGUGACGGCCUUUACGGGGGCCUUGAGCGGGUCGCGAAGUCCCUCAAUGUUGAUCGAAUUGCUGGUAAGAGCCAUCAGGCUGGGUCCGACAGCCUUCUCACCCUUCAAACAUUUUUCAAGCUGAUUGGGAGCCGGAAGCCAUUCACAGACAACACUGAGGGUAUGGCUCUGUUCAGGUUCUGUUCGGUGCUGUUUGGAUUAGAAGCUCCUAUGCAGUGGAGGUGUUCCGGUCUUCUGUUCGGGUCGCCUCUCCAUUGGGAUAACUUCCAUGCUCAACACUUAUGUUGA